GAAAGAGGAGGAGGAGGAGGGGCAGCAGCCGACCGGACCGAACCGAACCGAACCGAACGGAGGACAGCUUGCAGUGACAGAUCGAAGAGGAGUCCGACAGAUACAGACUUACUUCCGUGCAGGUGAUUUUAAUAAGCGUGUGCAACGAUGGAGCUGAUUAUACUAUCGGGAGGUAUUGUGGUUUUCCCGGUCCUCGCCUUCAUCACCUCCUUCCUGUUCUGGCCCGGAGUUCUCCUUAAAGCCUACAACUGGUUCGUGCGUCGCAGGCUGGGCCUGGUGGUCCGCUACUCUCACAGUGGAAGCUACCGCUUCUGCUACAGCAGCCGCGGGGCGCCGGGGGGAGCCACGCCGUCACUGCUGCUGCUGCACGGCUUCUCCGCCAGCAAGGACAUGUGGCUGACCGUCAUCACGCAUUUACCCAGAGGCCAGCAUGUGGUGUGUGUGGACAUGCCGGGACACGAGGGGACGAGUCGCACCGGUGCCAAGGACUACAGCAUUCAGGGGCAGGUCACCCGAAUCCACCAGUUUGUGCAGAGCAUCGGUCUGGACAAAAGACCCUUCCACCUGGUCGGGACAUCAAUGGGUGGGAACGUCGCCGGAGUAUACGCCGCCCGUUACCCAGCUCAACUCUCCGGCGUCACCUUGGUCUGUCCGGCAGGUCUGGUUUUUCCAACAGAAACUAAGUUCAUCCGUCGUCUGAGGGAGAUAGAGAAUACUGAGGAGUCGAUCCCUCUGAUCCCCACCACUCCUCAGGAGCUGGACAACAUGAUGAAACUCUGCUGCUACACCCCCCUCAACUUACCCCGACAGGUCAUGCGGGGUCUACUUGACAACAGGAUCCCCAACAAUGAUUUCUACAAAGAAGUGUUCGUGGAGAUCGUCGGUGAGAAGUCUCGUCACUCGCUGCAGGAAAACUUGCAUCUGAUCACAUCACCCGUGCAGGUCGUCUGGGGGACGGAGGACCAGGUGGUGGACGUCUCGGGGGCGGCGGUGCUGGAGGCGGCGCUGUCAAACUGCCGGGUUGUGCUGUUGGACAACUGUGGUCACUCUGUGGCGUUGGAGCGGCCCAGGAAAGCCGCCCAGCUCAUCAUGGACUUCCUGUCUGCACAGGAAGUCAGCUGUGAAAACACUAAGAAACUUUCCUGAAGAAAACCGUACGACCUCACUCUGAAUGUUGAAGGCGAGGAGAAUGACGGUUGUGAUGAAGUGGUAUUGAUAUUUGGUGAUGAUACCAUUUUCUAGUUCGAUAUCAGAGUUUUUACAUCCGUGAAAAUUUAAUUAAUGCACAAAAGAGGGACAGACAGUCAAAUAGUCCUGAAGUUUUUGGACACACAGCACCACGCAGGAGGCUUUAGUCUCUGUUUUAGAUGUUUAUCUUUAAUGAAAACAUUCCACUUUGGGAUUUUGCACAUUUCUCUUUCAGAUAAACUGUUUUUGAAUCUCCUGUGUCAUGUGAAUGACAGUUGUUUGUUUGUGUGUGAAGUCUUCUGCUGUGAACCGACUGCACAUUCAACCUCAUAGAAACACAUUCAGAAUGAAACAUGUACUGUAAGUGAAUAACGUUUGAUGAAUGAGGUGAUUCAGUAAUGUCUGCACAAAGAGUGUUUCUGGACUACAGAAAUAAAUCUUAUAAAUAAUAAAAAUAAUUGUUUUACUGACUGAUUGGAAACUUGUGUUCUGUUUAGUUUUUGCAUGUAGUAGUACACCAAGAGACCGCUGGGUGGCGACACAUCUUUAGAGCUUUAUUAAGAACGUCAAAGAGCAAAUAAUUCAUGACAGGAUGUACCACUCCAGCACGAACUGGUCUCUGAUGAGUAAAUUAUAAUAGUUAUUGAUAAGCAUUUUAAAAGUAACUUGAUGUUUUUUUGUUAAAUAUGAUUCGUU